AUGAAAUUUACAUCAAAUAGCGGUUUGGUAGAUCUAAUACCAUACACAAUUGACCAAGGUAGUUAAAUAUCAUUCAGAAGGAUGAUAUACAAAGGAGUAUAUAUUUCUGAUUUCUACUAUGCUGCAAACAUAGUUUAAUCUUUAACUCGCUAAAUUGGAAUGAUUGGUGCUACUUUUUCACCUAUGAAUUGCUUUUCAAUAAUAACAUAAGAUGUAUCAUCCUAUACUACUUAUACACUUAGUAAUUCAAUUGCAGGAAUUUACACAAUUGCAAUAAACCAGGAUCUUCUCUAUGAUCAAAAUCAUUUAACAAGAAUCAAAGUUUAGUUUGACGCUGAUCUAUAUAAAAAUCAAUUUCAGCUUUACACAAAUACAAUGAUAUAAUGUAAUCAAGCUGGAGAAUUAUAAAUAAAGUUUGUCCCAGAUUAAUAAAUUUAGUAUGGUAUAGCUAAUUGUAUUUAUCAAAGACCAUGCAAUUUAAAAAUUGGAAAUUAUACUAUAGGCACUUGCCAGGAUAAAUAUAAAUUAACGUUCAAGUUAUUUGAUGUCUAUGAAGGCUAAUUAAUCCUAGAUUUUAACAAUACAGCCACUUAUUUGCAUGAGAUUAAUGUAGAUUUCGCAAACUUACUAGGUAUUUUAGGUAGAGACAAAAUUUAUAAUUUCAAACUUCGGGCUUCUUAUAGUGUUGAUGAAUAUGAGAUUGGAGUUGGUAUUAAUGAAGAAGCAUAGUUUUAAUUCCUAUUAAAAAACUGUGAUGACUAUGUAGCAUUUUUAUCUAAUGCCAACUUAAAUAAUAAAGUUUACUACAUUGGGGACCCUAUGCUUCAAUGGGGAUUUAUACCACCUAAAUAUAGCACAUCUUAUUGUGUGAAUUAUUUGCAAUACAAACUUAUAUCUGAACAAGAUAUCCAUAAUCUUUUUCUCUCACUUAAUACUGAUAACUAUCAAUUCAAAAUUAACACACAAAUUUCCUAAGAGCUAAUUAACACUACUUAAAAAAUAACAUUGUAAAUAAAAGCAGUUACUCUUAAUAAUUAUGAUAAACCUGAAUUAUAUUAGUAAAGAUCAUUCAGAAUAUCUCUAUUCUAGAGAAGACCUUAAAACAGCCCUCCUUAAUUCAGCUAAGAUUUGAGUGAUCAAAUAAUUAUGGCUGGUAUUUAGAGCAAAUAUACCCUUCCAUCGAGUUCAGACAAAGAGGAUAAUCUUUUUAUUGUUUCAAUGGCUUCAACUAAUUCAGAGGCUGAUAAAUUUACUUAAUUUGAUGGCAGUAUUUUAACAUUUUCUCCUUCAGCUGAUUAAAUUGGAAUUUUUGAACUCAUAGUGGUUUUAAGAGAAAUUGAAGAUUAAACUACUUAUUCCUAGCAUACAUUCCUUCUCAAAGUCGUCAGUCAAACAGAUAGCUUAAAUUGGGAGCAAAUAAAGAAGAGAAUUAUAAAUUCAAAUCCAAAUCUGCAAGCUAAGAUCAUCAAAAUUACCAAUACUGGAUAAGUUUCUAUUGAAUUUGAGUAACCACUAGAUUAUAACCCAUAAACAUUCUACAUUAUAUUCAUCAAAAGAGAUUACUUUUACUCAGCAGAUCUAUCAAGAAAGAUUCCUGUUAAAUACAAAAUUUAUAAGCAAAUGCCUCCUCAACUAAGUUAGGGAUAAUUUGAUUUAAGUUCUGCUGUUGCCUCUACUGUUUAAUGGACUAUGGGCACAGUAUUCGGAACAAGCAUUUUCAUUAAUCUUCUAUUGAGUCAAGGUGCCCAAUAUCUAUGGGGGAUGAUUGAGGGAUUUCAAUUAAUUACUCAUUUGCCGAUGAUGUCAAUUCAAGUACCAGUAAACACACUUAGCUUUUUUGGAUUAAUAAAUGACAUGGCAAGUUUAAAUCUAAUACCAACAGAUGAUUUUAAUGAUAAUUUAUGGACUUUCAAUUACUUUGACGAUUAGCCAUAUAACAAUGCUUUUGAUUUUAUGAACUAUAGAUCAAACAACCUAAUAAAAAAUCUAGGGCUUAUGCUCUACAUGCUAUUCCUAAAUUUGAUUAUUUUAUUUGUUUCAUUUUCAGAAUUAGGUGAUAUUAUGGCGUCAUUUCUAUCGAUUAUAAUUAUGCUAUCAAUAUUCAUAUUGCCAAUAUUCAGUUACCUUAUUGUAAGAUGCUCUAAAAGGGAAAAUGGAAAAUUAGACUAAAGAUUCUAAGUCUGCUAUGAUAAUUUAGAUUUGAACAAAUAAUAUACUGAAUUCUAUUUUGCUUUAUAAAUGAUUAGAAGAAUUUUAUAUUCUUUGAUAAUGGUUAUACUUGGUGAUCAUCAGUAGAUGUAGAUUACUAUGCAGAUUUAACUUACAUUUAUUGUCUUGCUUUAUUUGAUUACUGUUAAGCCAUUCUAAAAUCAGUCUUAUUUUAAAUUGGUCAUAACAAAUGAAUUUUUUUACUUGAUAAUUUGCUAUAGUUUUAUUCCAUUUGUUAAUCAUUUUUAUCUUGAUUAAAAUACUGGAAUUAUCUUUGGAUAUAUACCAAUUAUUUUAGUCUUGAUCUACUUAAUUUACAACUCUUUUUUCAUUGUGGCAGAUUUAUUCCAUUUUAUCAGAAGAAUUUUAAGAUAGAGAAAAUGA